UAUAAGCACCCCCUUCCUUUUCUUGUCUUUUCAGCAGUGCAGGGAGUGUGAGGGAGAUGGUUCGUUGCUUGUUUGUCCCAGCUGUUGUUCUGAUUUGAAAUCUCAAUCUCCAUCCAUGAUUUAUCAGCUGAGAUAAGAAUAGCACCAAAGAUCUUUGCUUUUUUUUUUCAUUGUUCUUCACUUUGUUUCUUUUUGGAUUCUCCCCAUCUUUCUGAGUGAAAUCUGAGGAGUGAAGAAUCAUUUCCUGUUGAAACUUGUGCUUGCUUCUCUUGCAAGGGAUGAGGUGUUAAAAAAUGUAUAUGCCCUUUUUUUUUAAUAAAGAAGGCUGCUUUCAGUUUCCAUAGACUCUACAGGGGCUUGGACUUAAAUUUCUUUAUUUCUGGUAUAGGGAUUGGGGUUCUUGGUUUGUGGUGUGGGACUUGCUUGAAUUAGAAGCUGAUGUUUUGUGGGGUUGAGGUGUUUUGGGAUGUGGGUCUUGAAUUUCUGUUGCAGGGUGUUCUUGAUUUCUGGUCUAGGGAUCUGAGUGAGAGUGGACUUUGUGUGAUUUUUUAUGGUUGUAUUUUUGGGUGGAAACUGGAAAGUUUCUUCAUUUGUUAAUCUUCUCACUUCUGGAAAGCAGUGAAACACCAAUUCAAGCUGUUUCUUGCCUAAAUUUCUUCUGCUAUAUGUACAUUUUCCUUGGAGUUUCAGAAGCAGUGGUCUGAGAAUUUACCCAAUGAGUCUUCUAAAUUGGGUGUUUCUGGCUUGCCUCUUUUGGUCAUCUUUGGGUCUUCAAUCCCCAAGCCAAAAUUGCCAUCCAAAUGAUUUUCAAGCCUUGAAGCAAUUUGCAGGCAACUUGACAGGAGGCUCCAUUCUGUCAACAUGGUCUGAACCCUCUAGUUGCUGCAAAUGGGAUGGUGUUGGCUGUGAAGAUGAUAACUCCACUUCACCUGCAAGGAGAGUGGUGAAGUUGAAUUUAUCUAGGAAAGGCUUACAAGGGCCAGUUUCUGUUUCUCUGCAAAAUUUGGAUAAGUUACAGGUUCUUGACCUUUCACACAACCAUCUUGGAGGUGAGUUUCCCUUGGACCUCUCUAAAUUGAAGCAGCUGAGGGUUCUUGAUUUGAGCCACAACUCCUUUAAUGGAGCAGUGGUGAGGGCACUCAAUGGGCUGGAAUUGGAAUCACUCCACACCCUCAACAUUUCCAGCAAUUUGUUCACUGGAGACCUCACUGGCUUUGGUGAAUUCCCAAACCUUGUUGUGCUUAAUGUGAGCAACAAUUCAUUUUCUGGUGCUCUUGAUUCCCACAUUUGCAGCACCUCCAAGAAGAUCAGAAUCUUGGAUUUCUCAGCGAACCGGUUUGCCGGGGGACUCGAGGGAUUGAAUAACUGCAGCUCCUCACUCAAGGGGUUGCAUUUGGAUUCCAAUCAUCUCUCAGGACAGCUUCCUGAGUCUCUGUUCUUAAUCUCAUCUUUGGAGCAGCUUUCAGUCUCUGCCAAUAACUUAUCUGGCCAGUUAAGCCCUGAGCUUAGUAAGCUUUCCAAUCUCAAAUCCUUAAUUCUGUUUAGUAACCACUUUUAUGGUGUUCUUCCUAAUGUGUUUGGAAAUCUGACAAAAUUAGAGUUCUUUGAUGCAAAUUCCAAUAAGUUCUCAGGGAAGUUGCCUUCUACUUUAGCAUUAUGCUCUAGCCUGCAAGUACUUGAUCUUAGGAACAAUUCUUUGUCUGGCAACAUUAGUCUUGAUUUCACUGGAUUGCCUAAUCUUGAUACUCUUGACCUUGCAACCAACCAUUUCUCGGGUCCCCUCCCGGGAUCUCUUUCAAGUUGCCUGGGAUUGAAAACAUUGAGUCUUGCCAAGAACAAAUUAAGCGGUCCGGUCCCUGAGAGUUAUGCAAGCCUCUCAUCUCUUGUCGUUUUCACAUUGUCGAAUAACAGUUUCGAAAACCUGUCUGGGGCUUUAUCUGUUCUGCAGCAUUGCCGAAACCUUUCCACCCUUGUUCUCACCCGAAACUUCAACGGGGAAGAGAUUCCCAAGAAUUUGAGUGGAUUCGAGAGCUUAAUGAUUUUUGCUUUAGGGAAUUGUCACCUGCGCGGUCAAAUUCCUAUGUGGUUAUCUAAUUGCCAUAAAUUGCAAGUUCUUGACCUGUCUUGGAAUCACUUGGAUGGCAGUAUCCCUUCCUGGAUUGGUAAAAUGGACAGUUUAUUUUACUUGGAUCUUUCGAAUAAUUCACUCACUGGAGAAAUCCCGAAAAGUUUGACGGAGAUGAAGAGCCUCAUGUCCCCAACUAGCUAUCUAUCCAGUCUCAAUUCUUCAACUGGCAUUCCGUUUUAUAUAAAGCGGAAUCUGACUGGGAAUGGUUUGCAAUACAACCAUAUUUCGAGCUUUCCUCCAUCCAUCUAUUUGAGCAAUAACAGAAUAAACGGGACAAUCUUGCCCGAGAUUGGAAGGUUGAGACAACUCCAUGUCUUGGACUUGAGCAGGAACAACAUAUCCGGGAUGAUCCCGAGCUCCAUCUCAAAUAUGCUGAAUCUCGAGAUUUUGGAUUUAUCUUAUAAUGAGCUCUAUGGAUCAAUCCCGUCUUCGUUAAACGAGCUUACUUUCCUGUCGAAGUUCAGCGUUGCUCACAAUCACUUGCAAGGCGCAAUUCCAACCGGAGGUCAGUUCUUUAGCUUUCCCAACUCGAGCUUCGAGGGAAACCCUGGACUUUGUGGUAAGAUUGUUUCUCCUUGUGCUGUCAAUAAUAUAGGCCUUCGACCCGCCCUCCCAUCUUCUUCCCCUCAUAGACUGGGAAGAGGCAGUAUUGUUGGGAUAACAAUCAGUAUAGCGGUUGGAGUUGCGAUGUUUCUAUCAUUUGUGCUGAUAAAAAUGUCUAGAAGAGAUGUUAGCGACCAAAUUCAGGACUUGGAGGAAGAGGCGAGCAGAUCUUCUAGAUUAUCUGAUGCAUUUGGCCCGUCCAAACUGGUUCUUUUCAAGAAUUCAGAUUGCAAGGAUCUUACGGUGGCAGACUUGCUAAAAUCAACAAACAACUUCAACCAAUCGAACAUCAUAGGCUGUGGAGGAUUCGGUCUUGUCUACAAAGCCGACUUACCCAAUGGCACCAAGGCAGCAAUCAAGAGGCUUUCGGGGGACUGUGGCCAGAUGGAUAGAGAAUUUCAAUCCGAAGUGGAAGCCCUCUCGAGAGCUCAGCACAAAAACCUCGUCGCUCUUCAAGGCUAUUGCAGGCACAGGAACGAUAGGUUGCUGAUAUACUCGUAUAUGGAGAACGGAAGUUUGGAUUAUUGGCUACACGAAAGGGUGGAAGGGAGCUCAUUCUUGAAAUGGAACACGAGACUGAAGAUAGCACUAGGGGCUGCUCAAGGAUUAGCCUAUCUGCACAAGGAGCCAAACAUAAUUCACCGCGACAUCAAAACCAGCAACAUUCUUCUAGACGAGAGAUUCGAAGCUCACCUAGCUGAUUUCGGGCUUGCAAGGCUAUUGUGCCCCUACGAUACCCAUGUCACAACGGACCUAGUUGGAACUCUCGGGUACAUCCCUCCCGAAUACAGCCAGAGUUUGACAGCUACCUUUAGGGGCGACGUUUAUAGCUAUGGCGUCGUUCUCUUGGAGCUUAUUACCGGUAAGCGGCCCGUGGAAGUGUGCAAGGGAAAGAACUGCAGAGACCUCGUGUCGUGGGUGUUUCAGAUGAAAUCGGAGAAGAGGGAGGAAGAAAUAUUCGAUCCGUCUAUACGGGAUAACGAGUGUGAGAAGCAACUUUUGGAGGUGUUGGGCAUUGCUUGUAAAUGUAUAGACCAAGUACCAAGGCAAAGACCCACAAUUGAUCAAGUUGUUUCAUGGCUUGAAGCAAUUGAACCUGGGAAAGCAAGAUGAAAAUGAAAAGGUUCUGUGCUGUGCUGUCCUAAUCUGAAACAAAAAAAAGGUUUACUGUUAAACCUCAAUAACAUAUGUUUUAUGGAGUUUGGUUCAAAACUCAUGAGCUGAUUUUUUCCAAUUUUGCUUCUGUUAACUUAAUACACUUCUCUGGAACUAAUACUGACUUUGCUUUUGUAUGUAUAGUUACAAUCACAAAUUUUAUUAGGCAGAAUAUAAACAUUAUUGUAUUACUGAACAACAAUGUAGUACAAGCUAAUUAGAUGUUUGAGCAUAA